AUUUUAAGUCAUAAUCAAAAUUUUGUUUUUGAGAUAAUUUUAUGAAGAGAAAUACAUUUGAGUGACAGAAAUAACCACUCGUUCUGUAAUCCGUACUUAGCUCGGUUCUACGAGUGAUUGUAAUUGAUUUAGAAGUCUUAAGAAAUGUUAUUUGUAGUGUUGGUAAGAAGAUUGAAUUAAAAUCAAAAUUUUAAAUAUUUCAACGAUAUAAGUGGAACGACACACCUCCUAUGUGCCUUGCGUGGAUUAGGAUUGAAGUUGAAGGCGGACUGGAAAGAACGCAUAUACGUCUGUCAGUUGUCGCAAGUCGUAGGAGGGGCUGUUGGCUAGUUGUUGGUGUGAGAAAUUUCAUUUUUUUGUGUCCAUAAACUACAAUUAUUGAGGCCAGUGGAAAAGUCUCCUUAUGAUAUAAAUUGAAAUGGCUGCAGGCACAACAUUACAGAAAGCUAUUGAUCUCGUCACUAAAGCUACUGAAGAAGAUAGAAACAAAAACUAUGAAGAAGCUUUAAGAUUAUAUGAACACGCAGUGGAAUAUUUUCUACAUGCAAUUAAAUAUGAGGCCCAGGGGGAACGAGCAAAGGAAAGUAUUCGUGCUAAGUGCUUGCAAUAUUUAGAUAGAGCAGAGAAAUUGAAAGAGUACUUGAAGAAAGGCAAGCCAAAGAAACCAGUGAAAGCAGGAGAAACAAAAACUGAUGACAAGAAAAGUGACAGUGACAGUGAUUCUGAUGACCCAGAGAAGAAGAAAUUACAAACCAAAUUAGAAGGUGCCAUUGUUGUUGAGAAACCUCAUGUAAAAUGGAGCGAUGUUGCUGGCCUAGAAGGAGCUAAAGAAGCCCUCAAGGAAGCUGUUAUCCUUCCCAUAAAAUUUCCACACCUUUUCACUGGAAAAAGAAUACCUUGGAAAGGCAUCUUAUUGUUUGGGCCUCCUGGAACUGGCAAAUCAUUUCUAGCUAAAGCUGUUGCUACCGAAGCAAAUAAUUCAACUUUCUUCUCUGUAUCAUCAUCAGAUUUAGUUUCCAAAUGGCUUGGUGAAUCAGAAAAACUUGUUAAGAAUUUGUUUGAACUUGCAAGACAGCAUAAACCUAGUAUAAUAUUCAUUGAUGAAGUUGACUCCUUAUGCUCAGCACGUUCUGAAAAUGAAUCAGAAUCAGCUCGAAGAAUAAAGACUGAAUUUCUGGUUCAAAUGCAAGGAGUUGGAAAUGAUAAUGAUGGAAUACUUGUUUUGGGUGCAACUAAUAUUCCUUGGGUAUUGGAUGCUGCCAUUAGAAGAAGAUUUGAGAAAAGAAUUUAUAUUCCUCUCCCAGAAGAACAUGCAAGAUUGCUGAUGUUCAAAUUGCAUAUUGGAAAUACCCCUCAUACAUUAACAGAAGAGGACUUUAAAACUCUUGCUAAGAAGACUGAAGGGUAUUCAGGUGCUGAUAUAAGUAUUGUUGUUCGUGAUGCACUAAUGCAACCGGUUCGCAAGGUCCAAACUGCAACACAUUUUCUACGGGUGCCAGGCCCAUCUCGUACCGAUCCUAAUGUGAUUGUGGAUGAUCUCCUAACUCCAUGCUCCCCUGGAAACCCUGGUGCUAUAGAAAUGACUUGGAUGGAUGUCCCUGGUGAUAAAUUGUUUGAACCACCUAUUACUAUGAGUAAUGAACUUCGCAUAAAGGAGAAAAAGGUCUUUUUAAAAGAGUUCCAAGCAAAGAAUGAUAUGACACGUUCUCUGGCUACGUCAAAGCCUACAAUUAAUUCCGAUGAUAUGGCAAAACUCGAUAAAUUUAAGGAAGAUUUCGGACAGGAGGGUUAAUAAUCAAGAAGAGAUACGUAUGCUUAUCACAUUAUGCAUUGGUAACAUCACUUUUCCUUCUGAAAACUUUCACAUAGCUUUAUGAAAGCUCUUGCAAAUAUUGUGAGAAAAUUGUGAGUGCAUUUGACUAUUGCUUAUUGCAGUGGUCCGAUUGUUUUCCUUGAAAUGAUAAUCAGAAUUUUCGUACUACUGUGAUUGUUGUAAAGAAAUUACUUGAAUGAAUAUUAUCUGAAAUAUGGUGUACAUAGUGUUUAUUGUUGUCUUAGAUUCGUGCAAGUUGUAACUUAUUUGGAACCCGUAAACCAAGCUAAGCUACAUCUGAAAUACUGAGAAAUGCUAUUAGGAGAAUACACCGGUAAACAUGAUAUUUGAAUGCCAGAGAUAUCAUUGCAGUUUUAUGUAUCCCUGACAAAAUUCCAAAUGUCAAGGAAUUGAAUUGAAGAUUUGUGAUAAAGGAAGUGGUCAAAUAUACUUAGAUUGAGGAAAUGAAAUGAUAUUCAUAAUAUCUAUAAAAAUAAGAGAGUAACAUUCACUGAUAUAUUUGUGUAGUGUACUGUGAGUUAAGAUGUAGGUAUGUUUUAUAUUUGUAAUUUUAAAAUCACUUGUUCUGAAUUUCACUUUGUGUUGAAAACAAUUGGUCAGUUUGCUGUUGUGUAGUUUAUGGUACAAGAAUCUAGAUGUUUAUUGUGCUAAAUAAACCAUUUCUGCUAAAUGGCCAUCAUACACAUUGAUGUUUAUAAUGUUUAUUCUCAAUGGCUAUUGUACAAUAUGUUACAUAUGUAAUGGAUCUUUUAUAUUGUAUCUCUAGCAUAAAUGUGCAUCUUCAAUUCUGCAUUCCUUACAAGGCCAAUUGUACCUGUGGUAUAUUGCAUUUAUUGCUACAAUUUAUUUUUGUUUCAUAUUCUAGUAAUUAGUUGUAUUUUUCCUGGAGUCAUUCUUAAUUCAAUGUGCUUUAUAAUUGGUUUAUUAAUAAAUCCAUUCUGAUGUAACAUGCAUACAAAGGAAAUUUCUUUACUUUGAGGAUGCCUUACUUCAUCAUUCAAGACUGCACAUGCAAUGCCAAAAUUCAUUGGUUAAUAAUUCUUUGUGGGAAGGCCUAUUUUAACAAAUGCCUGGUUUAAAUGUGAUAAACUUAUUUUGUAGUUCAAUUACAUUAUGAUAUUCAUUGUUCUUCCUGCUGAGGAAGUAGUUGAUGGGGUUGAUUCACUAUACAAGAAAUAAAAGAAACCUCUUGACAGAUUAGUCAAGAUUAUUUUGUAUAUAAAUACAUUUUACUCUACUUAAAAUUAAAAUAUCAGUACAGUAUAUUUUUAAUGAUGUCAGCUGCUGAAGCUGGUGUAAUAUUGGCCAUUCAAGAACUGUUACAGCCUGUUUGUUGCUGAUAUUCCAGCUGUGGUGCUGUGGCUUUUGUUAACAUAGUGUUGGAAAAGGCUUUACAUUUAGUGUGUUUCUAUUAAGUACUUUUUUGCAAUUGGAAUGUCCAGGAGUAUUUCUUCAAAAUCUUUUUUUCUUUUCUCUGCACUGUCAGAUUUUAAUUACUGCAGUUGAAUCUUUUAUAUCAAACACAUUGUCUGUUCAUGUCAUUUAAUCAAAACAAUAUUUUUAAAUGAAUUAUCUAAAGUACCCUAAAAAUCUAGUUGUUUGUCUAAUCAUCUAAUUUAUUUUAAAUUAAAUUAUUCUUUGAUUUAGCAAAGGACACAAAAAUCUUUUCUACGUGGCUCCAUAGCUAAUAAAAGAAUAAAAUUAAUAUAUUUCAUAUAAUUAUGUCAAAAACCAUGUAUGUGUUAGUAGUAUACUUUAGCCAUUGAUAUAAAACUUGGUCUUUUGCUGAGGGAAUUGAGGAAAGACGGAAAUUUUGAGUGAGAAGAAACUCCAAACAAACGUAAAUAUGACAUUGAAGAGUUGCACACUUCUACAUUGUUAAUAUAAGAGAUCUGAUAGAGCCAUAGCAUGAUGACUGGAGUGUGAGCUACUCUGGUGUUAAUCAGAUGAACUAGAACUGCAAAAUGAAGUUGCAGGUUUUAAUAAUUAUUUGUCCUCUGUGUAAAGUCUUCACUUAAUACAGUUAAGGUAAUUAGCUAUUUCAUUUAAUAUAUAUAUAAGGGUAUGUAAUGUUGAUUGCUUUGUUACUUGUGCUCAGAUUAUUGAAGAGAAUUUGGAUUUUUAACUGUAAUAUUACUAGGGUAUUUGUAAAAAAAUUGUACUUUUCUCAUUAUUAUGCACACAACUGAAUAUUUGUUAUAAAAAAGUUUUUGAUUAAUAUUUGGUAGCGAUGAAUGAUGGAUAUAGGUAUAUCGAAUGGUAAAAAUUGGAGAUAAAUAAAGUAAUAAAGUAUUUCGGAAGUAGCUUGUGAGAAAACGGUAAGAUCCAAAAGCACUGGUUUAAAUUGAACAUAGUUUAAGUUGUAAAAGAAAUGUAAUUACUUGUAUGUUUUGUGUCAUUUUGACAGUUCACAUAUAUUUGUGUGUGCUUUAGAUAUUGAAAUGUAUGAAGUGCUAUUUUUUUAGAGAUGGGUAUAAUCUUGCCUUGCUAUACUUAUAGUAUUGGAUGUAAAGACUAGUGCUGAUACGGAGAUCAGGCAUAUUGCUUGGUUGUAAUUUAUAAAUUUGAAACAAGCAAGAGAUUUUUUAAUUUUUGUUGCACUUAGUUUCUAUGAAUAAAUAUGUAAUUUAUUCAGCAAACGUUAUAUGAAUCUUUCAACUGUUUUAUUGAUGUAGGUUAUUCGUGAUAAGAGAAUAAUAACAAUAUAUUCUUAAAACACUCUCCUUAUGAAUGGUGUAUAUAUGAAUAGGCACUGAACUUAUAAUUACAGGAAGCAAGGUUGGGGAUGUCAAAAUCUUGUUAGUAAAUGAGCAGGUGUACUUAAAAUACUGUGUCACUAAAGAUUGCAUUUGUCUCGAUCCUAAAUUUCAUUUUGUCGUUUUAUUUUCAUACUAUUAAUUUGUGAUAUGUUUGUCAUUUCAUGUAAAAAUGUGAAUGUUUUUUGUUGUGCUGGUUUCAGUGAAAACGCUCUUGCCAGUAGAUAAGCUCGUUGAAAUACUCAUAAACUCGUGCAAUAAAUCAUUUACUAAUGUAGUAAGCUCUGCUCAUUUCUAGGAAAACAUUUUUAAAAUGAAUUUUGAUCCUCUUUAUUAUAAUUUAUGUAUGGUUCUUCCGGAUCAAAUUGUGAAUGGAACACUGCAUCCUCACCAUUGAAACAAAUCUGCAUUGAAAAUGUUUGAUUUAAUUAUUCUCUUUUCAAAAGACCAGAUAAAACUGUUUUAGACAAGUCAUUUUUUUCCCUCCUCCAUUAACUGUGCUGAAUAAAUAAAUAAUUAUUAAGGUUCUCUGCAAAAUUACAAGUUGCAUAAAAUGUAUGGGCUCUAUUCAGCUUUUGCUCAUAACUUUUUAUGAGUGACUUUUAAAGAUGUUUUGAAGAUUUUAUAAAGUAUAUACAUAUGUAGCAACCUUUACAGCAUUAUUUUGGCUGUUUAUCAUUUCCAAGGCAUCUUUCUUCUUCUGCCAAGAGUCCUGCAUCAUAUCUUGACCUUUCAUGCUCCAUCUGUCUGUUUCACUCUUGGUUGACUACUUCUGCCAGGCUGUUUUCCAGUUGUAGCACUUUUUAGGCAGUCUUUCUUAUUAAUCUUUUCUAAAUGGCAGCACCAUAUCUAUAUUUUCUUUUUGAUGAAAUCAUUUAAAUGCCCUUCUACAUUCAAUCAACUUCUAAUUGUCUAUGUUCUUCUCUGAUUAAUUAGUGAGACCCCUUAAUAUCUACUCCAAUAGCUUGUUUUUAACCCAAUUCUCUUUGUCAGGACUUAAUUUGUUACCCAAACUUCAGAACCAUAUGUUACUGAGCUUUUUACUAAAGUAUUAAGUGGAUAGAUUUUUGUUUUAGUGAUGAUGUCCUUUCUGAAUGCAGUAGAUUUAAUUUGUUUACAAAUUGUCAUCACUUUCCAGACAAAAUAUCUUCAUGGGCGGUCCAAUUGGUCUUAAUCACUCCAAAAUAUUUGAAUACUUCACAUUUUUAAUCUUACAUCCCUCUAACAUUAUUUCUUGCUGUACAUCAUUAAUUACCAAAUACUGAGUCUUAUCCAUGUUUAUUUCCAAUCCCCAAUUUUCAAAUUUGUCUCCAAGUUUCCUCUUCAUGUAAGAAGAAUUGUUUACAUCUGCUGCACAGACAACUUGAUCAUCUGCAAAGAAUAAAGUGUCAAUAUUUUCUUUUCCAAUCUCUUUUCCCUUUUUACUGCACUUUUUUGCCUAGUUUUAAGGCUGAUGUAAUAUAUAUUUUAAAGAGUGUUGAGGAGGGACAACAUCCUUGUCUUAACCCCUGGUUGGCAUUGAAAAACUGAACAGAUCUAAAUUUUAAUCAGGCUAGUAUUUCCUUCACAAAAACUCAUUAUUGCAUUUAUGUAUGUCCGUGUCCAUUUUAUACAGUGAUGUGGGAAUAACUCUUAUGUAACAUUGACAUCACUAAAUGCAGUUCAUGCCUAUUGUAAUUUGUUGUACAACCAAAAAUGAUCACCACUUACAAAUACUGGUUCUAUGUUAUAUGCAAUUUUUCAUUUGUGUAAUUACUCUCACAAGUCAUAAUUGUGUAACAAUUUUCUUGCAUUAACUGCUAAUCAGAUGCAAAAAAAUUAUCUUGUGCAUAUACUGCAAAAUUAAUUGCAUCUGUUUCAAAACAUUGCUCUUUUCUAUGUAAAACAGUAACAUCUCUUUAUGCCCCCACCUUUGGAGGGUGAUUCAACUACUUUUAAAUGUUUGUCCACAAAAAUGAAAAACCCAUUUCAUUCCUUACAUCAUAGCCAAAUCAGAGAGGCACACCUUUGUGCCUCUUUGCUGGCUCCACAUUGUUAUUGGAUUCACCAUUGUCUAUUUUACAGUCAGAGCCAAAAAUAUUAUUUUUGUUUAAUUAGAUACCAUUCUCAUACUCUGUUAAUAAAAUGGUGAAAUUUAGUAAUUGAUUAACAUUUUUAUAUAUGCCACAGGACAACUAAUAAAAAUUCC